AUGGCGGGCCGCAGAACCGGAGGGACCACUCCGGACGGCUCGCAGGCAGGAGACACAAAUAGCAGCGAGCAGAUCGACAGCAUGCGGUCUGAGGUCAGUUCGCUGACACAGCAAAUGGGCCAGCUGGUGCAGCUGGUCGGAGGACUUGCUGCACGUAUAGAGGAGAAGUCCGGCGGUGCCACGGAGGGCGCCGCUGAAAGCGGCGGCGCCGUGGAGAGCGUCGCCACAAGCACUGCAGGUCAUUUUGGGACCGUGCAGUACGACGGGAGCGCGCAGGCAGCGGACCUGCGAAGAGAGUCUGGUCCUUCGGGACGACACAGCGGCGAAGUAGGGGGUUCAGACCCCCAAGAGGUGAGAGUAGCCGCUGCUCACAAUCAAGCUUGUUUCAGCAGCGCCAUGGGAAGUGGUGCUGCUGUCUUCGGUAGUGCGAGCGUGGGAUACCAAAGCGUGAAGUACACAGCGCCCACGUUCAGCGGAGACGCCAAGAGUUUUCUUCGUGCCUAGAGGAUUUUUUUAUGGCAGCGAACACAGCAAACCUUCUUGAACUUUUCGAGGUGGGGGGGGCGGAGAUCCCCGUAAACAGUGGGCAGAGCAAAGUCCAACUGUCCAGGUUUUACCCGCACGACAAAGUAGAGCUCGCUUUCCACGCGUGGAAUUUCCUCCGUGGAGCUCUCAAGGACGAGAAAGACAGGACAAUAAUGAAGCGAGCUGAGUCGCCCCUGGGGGCGCUCCGUGAGCUGAAGGGGUUGUAC